AUGAAGAAUCCACUGGAUCAUGGUCCUGUUGCCUUCAUGAAUGCCUCGAAAAUCACAGAAUUUGUCUUCCUAGGUAUUUCCAGUUCUCGGCCCAUCCAGCUCCUUCUAUCUGUCCUGGUAAUGAUAUGUUACACUGCCAUUCUGUUGGGCAACCUCCUUAUUGUAGUAACUGUGCAUAUAGAUCCACGCCUUCUAAGGUCACCCAUGUAUUUUUUCCUAGCCAAUUUAUCCAUCAUUGAUACUGCCUUAAGUUCAGUGGUUGUUCCUAAGAUGGCAACAGAUCUUAUCACCCGUGGUAGCACCAUCUCAUAUGCAGACUGUAUGUCCCAGCUAUUUUUUCUACAUGUCUUUGGAGGUUCCGAGGUGUUUCUUCUUACUCUCAUGGCCUACGAUCGCUAUGUGGCCAUUUGCCAUCCACUGACAUACACAAUGAAGAUGAACCGUCCACGCUGCUUUAGACUCCUGUGUUGGUGUUGGGCUGGAGGCCUCCUUCACUCUGGCAGCCAGCUGUUCCUGAUCCUGAGGCUGCCAUUCUGUGGACCAAAGGAAGUGGACAAUUUCUUUUGUGACGUUCCACAGGUAGUCAAACUGGCUUGUGUGGACACCCAUGUGACUGAGAUACUCAUGGUGGCCAAUAGUGGCCUGAUCAACCUGGUUUGUUUCAUCAUCUUGCUGAUCUCCUAUGGCAUCAUCCUGUACACACUUCAAGGCCGCUUCAAGGAGAGUGGAGGGAAAGCUUUGUACACUUGUAGUUCUCACUUGAUGGUGGUCAGCAUUUUUUUCCUACCUUGUCUCUUUGUGUACCUCAUUCCCAUUUUCAACUCCAGUUUGGACAAGAUAUCUUCCGUAUUUUAUACCACAAUUACCCCUUUCCUUAAUCCUAUGAUUUAUUCUCUAAGAAAUCAGGAAAUGAAGGAGGCAAUGGGCCGGGUGACAAAGAAAUUCAUGUUUAAGGAUUGGUAUCAGAAGAAAGGAAAAGUAUAAGUUGAAUUUCCAAAAUUCCAUUUUGGUCCUUGCGAUAAUCUUUUCUGGAGUUAUUCUUAUCACUACAUAAGUAAUAAGGGACAUGGUCCACCGAUCUAUGACUUAUAGAUCUCCCAGAUA